UUACAUAACAAUCGGUAACUAAUCUGUCUCUGAGCCAGCAACCUGCUAUGCCACAAAUCUUUAUCUUACACAGAGAUUUACAGCCUGAGGAAGAUUUCCUGUCCUUGCAAGGUCAGUAUUUGAAAGUGCAAGGCUUUGGAAAACCAGACCCUGUGAAGUACAUAUGCCUUAUAGUAUAUUCCACAAUUAGGAGAUGUUUUUGAGAAGAGAAGGAGUUUUAGUACCCUACUGGCUUCAGAGUGACUUGUUUUCUGGCCCAUUCUUUAACUUUUCUUACCCCUUUUCAUCUUCUUCACCCAGUUUCGUGCAGCCGUGAUCUUACAUCUUUUCCCAGCUGCUCAGAGUAUCUCUGCCAGCAUAGUAGCAUGUUCUUACCUCCCUCCUCAAUCAAAACGUAGCACCCUUGUGCGUUGUUCCUUCAGACACCUUCCAUCUGAGCACCCAUUGCUACAAUUUUCUGUCAUUCUGAAAAUGAUAUAAUUCAGUGUUUCUCAAACUAGGGCUUGCCGGUUCUUAAAGGAUCCAAAAGUCUUCUGUUAAGAAAAUGUAAAUUCGUGUUUUCAUUCCAAUGCUGCUCUUUAAAAAGGUGAAUGUAUGCAUAAUCUGACUAUCUGGAUAAUUGCCUUAUACUGCUAUAUGUUUUAGUGUCUGAUUUGUAAUUGUGUUAGUACUGAGGAGCCCAACAGAACAAAGGCAAAUUUUAUAAAUAAAUGAUGCAUUCAUGUUCAGCAAAUACCAGAUGAGGUAUUUAUUUGGUGCAUUGUAUGAAUGAGGGUUUUGCAGCAGUUCAAACAGAUAAAAAUGGAACAGAAUUGAGCCAUCAUACUGUAGUCAUCAUGCUAAGAACAUGCUCAACUCAGAAGACCUUUUAAUGGUACAGUCAGACAUACCACAUGCACAUAAGCAGAAAUUUACUUUCAGUAAAACCACAUCAUCCUUUUCAUGAAUGCUGUGAAUGGCAAUGUUCCUGGGUUUUUUUAGCCUAAUUUAUAUUUAAUUUGUAAAUUUGUAUUAGUUUAAUUGUAUGAAAAUUUGUAAGUAAAAAGAGUUGGUAUACAUUUAAUUAACAAAACUAUUUAAAUUAUUAACUUGGAGGAUCUUUUCCUCUAAAAGGGAUUCAGAAAUAAUUCAAUAAGAACUAACGUUUAAGAAACUCCAAUGUAAUAUAGAGAACACUGGCUGGGAGUUUGGAGACUCAGGUUUAAGUCCUGUUGCAGCCACGGACUUCACUAUACAAUUUUGGGCAAGCUCCUUCCCAUCUCUGGACCUCAGUUUAUAUGUAGAUAAAAUGGAGCAGAUCAUCUCCAAGGUCCCUCCACACUGAGUGAAAUUGUGUUUUUAAGAUCCCAGGUAUCAAAGAUCUAAUUUGUUUAAUAAUAUUGCUCAGUAUCCCGCCUGAUACAUAGUAGGUGCUUUUAAUGUAUUUUGAAUAAGUAGAAGCAGUAAUGUCUCUUUUGAUCUACCCUCCAGAUAUGGCAAACCAGGCUGCAAUGCAGAGACCUGUGACUACUUCCUUAGCUACCGGAUGAUAGGUGCUGAUGUGGAAUUUGAACUGAGUGCAGACACGGAUGGUUGGGUAGCAGUUGGAUUCUCUUCAGACAAGAAAAUGGGUGGUGACGACGUCAUGGCCUGCGUCCAUGAUGACAAUGGCAGGGUCCGCAUACAGCACUUCUAUAAUGUAGGCCAGUGGGCAAAGGAGAUUCAGAGAAAUCCUGCCAGAGAUGAAGAAGGAGUUUUUCAGAACAAUCGGGUCACCUGCAGAUUUAAACGCCCAGUGAAUGUUCCCAGAGAUGAAACAAUUGUUGAUCUGCAUUUGAGUUGGUAUUAUCUGUUUGCCUGGGGUCCAGCCAUUCAGGGCUCCAUCACCCGACAUGAUAUAGACUCACCGCCAACAUCAGAGCGUGUUGUCAGCAUUUACAAGUAUGAAGACAUUUUUAUGCCAUCCGCUGCCUAUCAGACCUUCUCUUCUCCAUUCUGUUUGCUUCUCAUCGUUGCCCUGACGUUCUACUUACUGAUGGGAACCCCUUAACCACAGAUGAAAGGCCAAUCAAUGAAAUGGAUUGGAAAGUCUUUCAUAUAAAUAUAUUUUUAAGGAAUAACUAGUAUAAUUUUAGCUUCUAUUAUUCCAAAAAAACAGAAACAAAAAACUCAUAUGGUUUCAGCUUUUUGGAAAAAAGAACAAGCUUCUUUUUUAGUCAAAGAGGAUUGUUUAAUAAUGACCCCAUACUUUUGGAAAGUACUUAAAACUUUUCUAAGCACUUUCAAACAUAUGUUAUUUGAGUUCAUGACAUCUCUGAGUUGGCUUGAUGAAAGUUAUGAUUGCCAUCUGACUGAAGGGGAUUUGACACCCAGAGAGGCUGCCUUUUUAUGAUCCACCUGUCAUGUAGCCUUGGCUACUUGCUCAAAUAACACACAGCAAGGUAGAGAAAGAUCUAGACAUUGAAAUCAUGUCUCUGAACAAUCUUUACUCUGAGUACUACAGCAUAAGAGUUACUAGGGAGUAUUACUAUGGAGAACUUCUCUGGAUGUCCCAGUUUAACAAGUCAGCCUCUUGGGCAGAAGAACAUCAAAUUUCCAUAAAGCCUAAGUGCUUUUGGAUAUUUACACAGCUGAUGGGGAGAUUACAGUGAUAUGAAAAUGCUUCAUAUUUAUUUGAAAUUUCUUCUCCAUUAAUGAGUAGCUAUGAGAAAACAUUUUUAUUGCUGUUUGGAAAAGUUAGAAAUGGAACUGUGAAUGUUCCUGAAGACGUAAAAUUAUGUUAAUGAUAAAAAAUAUGGGAAUUCUUAGCAGUUAGAAUUUGGAUUCUUCUACCACUGUAUUUUUUUUUUUUUUUUGUCUUUUUCCAUGUCCAGCAA